AUGGAUGUUUUGGAGUUUUUCAGUCAAUUUGCUGAUUAUGAAUUCGAACAACGGUCAAAACUGGUGAGUUUGAAAUAAAAAAUACUUUCUUCUCAGUGUUUAUUUUUUCAGAGAAGAUGUAAGCUGUUUCAUGGCUGGCAAUUGCUCCCAAACGAAUUGAAACAGUUCAUAAUUUCCCUGAUGUCUUUCAGAACAAGGUAUUUUCCUGUUUUCUUAAUACGAGCUAUGACAUCAUGAAAAGUCUCUAUUUUUGCAGAAUCAGACUUUCGCGUUGCUCAAAAUCGGACAAUCUGCACGUGAAAACUGUUGGAUUUCCAAUCUUUUAUAUUUGUAUUGAAGAUACUGUCCGAAUAAUCGAGGAAUUUAAUGAAAAUGAGCACGUCCAAGUUAUACAUUUGUCUAUCCAUUUCGACACAGUUGGUGAAGAUUUACUUGUAUUAGAUUAUAUUCAAGAAAAAGGAGAUGCAACUAAAUGUUAUUUGUUGAGGUUUGUGUUAGUCAUUAUUGAUUAAAUCUUUAAUAUUAUGAAAUUUCAGACACUAUUUAGAGAGUGGAGAAUGGAUCAAUAAUAAAGAAAUGAAGUCAGUUUAUCGCAAAGAAGAUUAUCGGUCUACUGCUUUAUUAGAUAUUCAUCAGCUUCUGAACCAGAGUAAGAGCAAAAUAAAAGAGCUUAAUGUUCUUAUGGUAAGUUGAAACCAAAGUGUUAUUUCAAAAACCUUUGAACUACUUAAUUCAGACGAGUUUUGCUCUACAAUCAAUAUUUGUAAACAGUUUGAAGCGUGUUGAGAGAUUUCAUAUCGAGUCAGUUGAUUUGCAAUAUAUCGCAUGGUGGAUUGAAAAAAUGCAGCCAGGUGUCCUGAAGCAUUUGAAAAUAGAAUCUUCCAAAGUAUUGAUCGAACUAGAAGAUUACAAAGUCAAGUUAUCUGCUGAUUUUAUCGAAUAUAUUUCAAAACAAUUAUACAACUGUGAUUAUAUUGAUAUGAUCAAUGCUGUGCCAAUGUUUACCGAGGAACAAUUUUUGAAUUUGAACCGAGAAAGUUUAUUCUUUCAUAUAGAUUCGAGAUCAAUUUUGACGACGAGUUCGAUUAAUAAGUUUUUGAAAAAAUGGGUUCGUGGAGAAUUGCCAGCAAAUUUUGUAGAAUUAGGAGUGUAUAUGGAUAUAACAAGCGCGGGAGUUGUAACAGAUAUCUUGAAUGGAAUUUCGUGGUUCGAAAGUUGGCUUGGUGAAUUUUUCCAAAGAGAGUGAGUUGUUUUUUUUUUUAAAGGUGGACAGUGACAAAGCACACAAAAACGUCUACAAUUGUGCAUAAAUUUGUGUGUUUGUCGAAAGUGUGUGAAUUUUCAUUGUUUCACGGUUUUCAACCAAAAACCGUGAAAUUUUUAAUUUUCAAGAAUUUUUUCAUGAUUAUUGAUAUUCCUAAGUGAAAAAGGAACAAAUUGAUAUAUUUUAUGUAGUGUUUUCAAAAAAUUGCUCACAUUAAUUUUGGACGGGGAGAAAAAAGCUGAAAAUUGCUUAUUUCACGAUUUCUAAUCGCUGAUUAGGUAGAGCAUCGUCUCCUUUUUAUUUUUGUGUGAAGUAAUUAUGCUCAAAAUUCAUUUUUUCGCUCAUAUUUUGCUUGAAAAGGUUGAACGCAGAAAAACGAGAAAGACACAGAAAAUUCAAACGUGCCGCUUGUUCGCUAGAGCGCGUUUUCCUCACCACUUCCUCUUAUCCUCAUGGCGGUUUCUGUAUGUUUUCUCACUGCGAUGCUAUUUUUUCUAAUUUUUUGAGGAUAGUUUCUGCUAGAAAUAGAGGGAAACUUCAUUUUUGAGCGAAGUCCACCUUUAAAUAUAAUUGUUGGUCGGAAACGGUUUCUGACGCGUAAUUUUUUAAAAAAAUUUUCCAAAUAGUCGGAAAAUCGGAAAACGAAUUUUAUUUACCACACAUACCUCAUCUCUUUCCUUCAAUUUUUCAAGAAUGUUUUCAAAGGUACCUAUUUUGCGAAGACUUCAUCGAAACGUAUGGAGAUGGAAUUUUUACUGUAGUCAGAAAUCGAGCAAAUGAUAUGGAAGCAAUUCUUCGUUUUAAUCCAACAUCUAUCCUUUUUGUUGUAACUGGCAAAGCGUAUCAUGGAAAAAUCUUACAUCGCGUUCCACGCGUAUGUUGA